AUGGAAUCAGAGACAGAAAUCCACUCUCAACGUCCAGUCGAUACACCGUUAGCGAGAAAACUUGUGAUAGACGUUUUCGGAGCGGAUAACGUUGGAAAAACAGAACUCUGUGAAGGGAUUUUUAGCGGCCCCCCUUGGCUUCCAAAUUAUGCACCGGUCAGGGUCUCUCAUACCCCAAUGCAAGCCGCUUGGACUGCUUAUGACCCAACAAGUGAGGGGAUUCAGAGGUAUUUCGAAGUUCAAGGCCGCCCUACAGAGCUAGGCAACGACGCUGAGCCAAGCGAAGCCGAAUGGUUAAACUUGCAUCUCAACCUCAUAAGUUCACACGAGUUCGUGACAGUCCUCGAACGUAUCCCUCUAUAUGUAAAUGACGACUGGAACCGCAACGUUAUCAUCGUUAUGUACUCCGUGCAAUCCAGGGAAUCUUUCGACGCGAUCCCACAGUUCCACCAACGAAUAAUCGCAGCAUUAUCCAAAUCCAGAUUUCCCAAGAACGUGUCUCCCAGCGGCAAAGUCUAUAGGAAGAAGAUGAAGCAAGGUUCGGCCAAGCGGCCAUCAGCGCCAAUCGCAAUUAUUGGGAACUGCCCCUUUGGUCGUCGACAAGUCUCUCUGGAAGAGGCCGAAGCUCUAGCCCAGAGUUUGGGAUGCGAGUUUCUUGGGGAAGUACGUGCAAUUCGUGAUGGAGGUCAGUACUCGUGCAGCGAUGGAACUUUUGAGCUCAUCCUGAAGCUCUAUAGAGACGUGUUUUACGGGGAUUCCGACGGUGAAGUGAGCGAACAACGAAGUAAAGAAGAAGAGAAAGGCACGAACCCCAUGGAUAAUUUGAAGGGAAUAUGUGGAUGUGUCAUUGGUUAA